AUGGGUAGACCAAAGCACCCUGUCCGUGGCCCCCCACCCAUCAACCGACCACCCUCCAAAGGCAAAACGUCCGCCAGCAAGAUGAAGGGCAGCAACACGAGAGACCCAAGGGGUGACAACCCAAGCGCACGCGAUGCGUCACCUGGCAGCUCCAUAGGUGGCUGCGCCAGAGACCUCAAUGCAAGGACCCUUUACACAAGAGGUAUUGACGUGUUAGUUGGCCAUGCCAGAGACCACAAUGUGACAGGUGGCAAUGUGACAGGCAGCAACACGACAGGCGGCAACUCAGCGUGCAAGUAUGUAGCAGGAUGCGGCAAUGCAACAGUUGGCCAUGCAUUGGGUGGGAACUCUGUGAGUGAGCACAUAGCAGGAGGCAGUAACAUGUUGGGUGGGAACGUGUUAGUCAGUGAUGCAUUGGGCAGGAACUCAGGGGGUGGGCACAUAUCAGGAAGGAUUGCCAUGGUGGUCAAGGGAAUGGUCAGCAUCUAG